AUGGGUGGAUCAAACAAUACGAGUCGUGCCUGUAAUAUCAACGAAAAAAAUGCAUAUGAUAGAUCUGUAUUGCACAAGGCUGCAUAUUAUAGCGGUUCUGCAACUUUACUCGAAAAUUUAAUCACGCAAGGAGCUGAUGUAAAUGCACGGGAUAAGGGGGCGUGGACACCCUUACACUUAGCAGCAAAAAAUGGUCACGUAGAGGCUUUACAAAUUUUAUUGGAAAAUGGGGCAAACAUGCAUGUCAAGGAUAUUAAGCACGGGUGGACACCAUUGCACAUCGCAAUCGUUUCCAAGCAGUACGAAUCUGCAAAAUUUUUGAUAAGAGCCGGUAGCUCCGUAAGUGAAUGCGAUAAGUGGGGGAACUCAGCACAAAAACUUUUUGAGCUUAGUGGUAUAUAA